AUUUUUCUCUUAUAGGUAAAACCUUUUUCCAGAGUUGCUUUGGUGACUUGUACCUUCUGAAUUGAAGGUUAUACAUUGCUCUUCUGGAAAAAGGUCCGACCUUUGUUUAUCCUAUUCUAUAAACAACAUUUCUUGCAAGUGACACUUGUGUACACAACCUUCUUGCUUCUCCCCUUCCAUUUGCACAGAAAUAUAUGGCAUUUUCCAGGCUUAGCGACUACGGAGUUGCAGAAAUAACAUGGGAAAAUGGUCAGCCAGCCAUGCAUGGGCUUGGAAGAGCCAGUGAAACACUAGAAUCCAUUGUCCAUCAAGCUACAACAUGCUACAAUCAAACUCAAACUCAAGAAAUUUACCUACAACAAAGUCAAAAUCUGCCAGGAACUCGUAAUAUAAGCUCAAAUCUUGCAUCUUCAAGUAGAAAAUGGAGCGAUAACGCAGGCCCAAGUUACCUCAAGAAACGGCCAAGAUCAUCUGUGAUGGUCGAUGAUCAAGGUGUAAGAAAUUUGGGUGCUACAAGUUUGCAAGAAGAUAACAUUAGCAACAGUGGGACAAUCAAUUCUAAAGAUAAUGACACUACAAUGAUGACAUGGCCAUCAUCCGAUUCGCCUAAUCAAAGCUUGAAGAGUAAAAACACGGAUGAUGAUUCUGCAUAUCAAUAUGGAUCGGAAAAUCAAGAAGAAGAAUGCAGGACUGAGGGUGAAACAAUUCGUUCUCAAUCAAGUCGGCGAAGCAGAGCCGCUGCUAUUCAUAACCAGUCUGAACGACGACGAAGAGAAAGAAUCAAUCAGAAGAUGAAAGCCCUACAGAAGUUAGUCCCUAACGCUAAUAAGACGGAUAAAGCAUCAAUGUUGGAUGAAGUGAUUGACUACUUAAAGAAGCUACAAGCACAAGUACAGUUUAUGAAGAACAUGCCAAUACCACAUCCACAAGUGACGAUACCAGUCCACCUACAAUUACAACAGCAACAACAACAACAACAACAGCAGCAGCUUCAGAUGUCAAUGCUAGCUCGAAUGGGAAUGGGAUUCGGCCUUCAGAUGGGAAUCCCUGGAGUCAUCCCUCCGCCAGCUCAUCAUCCUUUCAUGGUCCCACAAACCAUGAUGAACCCCGCCACGUCACAGCCAAUCCACAGCCGACCUUCGAGCAACACAACAGUUCCAUUCAAUGAUCCACAUACCGCGUUUCUAGCACAACAUAUGAACAUGGAUAUGUAUGCUAACAUGGCAGCGAUCUACCGUCAACAGAUAGGAAAGUCAAUGGGGACGAGCUCAUCUCAGUCAGACCAAGUCCUAGGCGAGUGAUGAUAGUUAUUAGUUAUUAAUGAAUCUAUAAUAUAAUAUUUUCAAUUAAGUAUGCAAUAUUACUGAGUUGAUCAUGUAAGCGUUUUGUGGUGUAUUUAUUCCUAGUAUAACUGUAUAAGUUAGUUUGGUUUCGUAUGAUUUUAUUAUUUAAGUACAAAAUAACAAAAAAUAUGUACAAAACGAUUGGUCGUGAAGCAAAGGUGUGACUUUUCGUACGCGUAGUACAACCCACAAAAAAGGCUGACAAACAUUGGUGACAAGAUGCAAAAGUAAUUAACUGAGGAGUAAAUUAUGCCUUGUGCUACAUGAUAUCUACUUAUCAAGCAAGAUUCAGGCGAAAGAUAUAAUAGUAGUUAAGUUUGACCAGAAGUGGGGUCAUCCCAUGGAUUGAAGUGAAUUUAGGCCACAGGCUUCCAUGGUCCCAUAAGAACGGAUGAGUGGAUUAUCCCCAAAAGAUUUGAUAUUGGAUUUCAGAAGAAGGAGCACCUCUAGAAAGAUCUUCGAAAUGAAAUGAAAUUAAUAAUGGAGAACCCUAAUAGGAUAAUGAGAAUAGACAGAACCACGAAACCGCGAUGUAAGGGGAUGUAUGUUCACAAUUGGUGUAAUUAUGACAAUAUUUAUUAUUAUAUUUAAUCUGAAUGGGAAAAGUCUCAACUAUUUAAACAAA